AUUAAUGAAAUUAAUUUUGAUUUUUUUCCCUCCUUUAAUCAGAGCACAACAAUGGAAGAAACUGCCAUAUGGGAACAACACACAGUGACGCUUCACAGGGCGCCUGGUUUUGGCUUUGGGAUCGCAAUUUCGGGUGGAAGAGAUAAUCCCCACUUCCAGAGUGGCGAGACAUCAAUCGUCAUAUCAGAUGUGCUCAAAGGAGGCCCAGCAGAAGGGAUGCUACAGGAGAAUGACCGGGUCGCGAUGGUCAACGGCGUUUCGAUGGAUAACGUGGAACAUGCCUUUGCCGUCCAGCAGCUGAGAAAAAGUGGGAAAAAUGCCAAAAUUACCAUCCGAAGAAUGAAAAAAGUUCAGAUCCCGGUCACUCGGACGGAUCCCGACCCAGCCUCUGAAAAUGACGAGGACAGCUACGAAGAGGAGCUGCAUGACCCCAGAAGUUCCCACGGUGCUACAGGCAGAAGGCACGAGAAAAGUUGGACAAGGGACCGGAGUGCGAGUAGAGAAAGGAGCAUGUCGCCGAGGUCAGAUCGGAGAUCGGUGGCUUCCAGUCAGCCCGCAAAACCUACUAAGGUCACGUUGGUGAAAUCAAGGAAGAAUGAAGAAUACGGGUUGCGCCUGGCCAGCCACAUAUUUGUGAAGGAAAUCUCUCAAGACAGUCUGGCAGCAAAAGAUGGCAACAUUCAGGAAGGAGAUGUUGUCCUGAAGAUAAAUGGAACAGUGACGGAAAAUAUGUCAUUGACAGAUGCCAAAACCCUCAUAGAAAGGUCAAAGGGCAAGUUGAAGAUGGUGGUUCAAAGGGAUGAGCGAGCAACUCUGUUGAAUGUCCCAGAUCUUUCUGAUAGCAUUCACUCAGCCAAUGCUUCAGAAAGAGACGACAUUUCAGAAAUUCAGUCGCUGGCAUCCGAUCAUUCCAACCGAUCCCAUGACAGGCCGCGCCGCAGUCGUUCACGAUCUCCUGACCAGAGGUCAGAACGGUCAGACCAUGCCAGACAUUCUCCACAGCAGCCCAGCAAUGGCAGUCACCGGAAUAGAGACGAUGAAAGAAUAGUCAAGCCAGGAGCAGUUUCUACCCCGGUGAAGAACACAGAGGAAGCCUCACUUCCCAAAGUCAUAGAAGAAUCUGUUGCAGAAAGAAAUGACAAACAGACCCCACCGCUUCUAGAACCAAAGCCGGUCUACGCGCAGGCAGGCCAGCCGGAUGUGGAUUUACCCGUCAGUCCAACCGAUGGCCCUUUACCAAACUCGACGCAUGAAGAUGGGAUGCUUCGGCCAAGCAUGAAGCUUGUAAAAUUCAAAAAGGGAGACAGCGUUGGCUUGAGAUUGGCUGGGGGCAAUGACGUUGGCAUCUUUGUGGCGGGUGUUUUGGAGGAUAGCCCUGCUGCUAAGGAAGGCUUGGAAGAAGGAGAUCAGAUUCUCAGGGUAAAUAACGUGGACUUUACCAAUAUCAUCCGAGAGGAAGCGGUUCUCUUUCUGCUUGACCUUCCCAAAGGAGAAGAAGUAACCAUUUUGGCACAGAAGAAGAAAGACGUUUACCGGCGCAUUGUUGAAUCCGACGUGGGAGAUUCUUUCUACAUCAGAACUCAUUUUGAGUACGAGAAGGAGUCUCCUUACGGUCUUAGCUUCAACAAAGGGGAGGUGUUCCGCGUGGUGGACACAUUAUACAACGGCAAGCUUGGGUCCUGGCUGGCAAUUCGGAUUGGCAAGAAUCACAAGGAAGUGGAAAGAGGCAUUAUACCCAACAAAAACAGGGCUGAACAGCUGGCCAGUGUCCAGUACACCCUUCCAAAGACCGCAGGUGGGGACCGGGCCGAUUUCUGGAGAUUCCGAGGUCUGCGCAGCUCGAAGCGAAACCUGAGAAAAAGCAGGGAAGAUCUUUCUGCCCAACCAGUUCAGACCAAGUUUCCUGCGUACGAGAGAGUCGUUCUUCGAGAAGCUGGAUUUCUCAGGCCGGUGACCAUCUUUGGACCGAUCGCAGACGUUGCACGGGAAAAGCUGGCUCGAGAGGAGCCGGACAUUUAUCAGAUUGCCAAAAGUGAACCCCGGGAUGCUGGAACCGAUCAGCGGAGCUCUGGCAUCAUCCGCCUUCACACAAUAAAGCAGAUAAUUGACAGAGACAAGCAUGCGCUCUUAGACGUCACCCCGAAUGCGGUGGACCGCCUAAAUUACGCACAGUGGUACCCCAUUGUGGUGUUCUUGAACCCUGACUCCAAGCAGGGUGUAAAGACAAUGAGGACGAGACUCUGUCCAGAAUCCAGGAAAAGUGCCAGAAAAUUGUACGAGAGGGCUCACAAGCUACGCAAAAACAACCACCAUCUCUUUACGGCUACUAUUAACUUGAAUUCCAUGAAUGAUGGAUGGUAUGGAGCUCUCAAGGAAGCGAUUCAGCAACAACAGAACCAAUUAGUUUGGGUUUCGGAAGGAAAGGCAGAUGGUACUACAGGUGAUGACCUUGAUCUACAUGAUGACCGGCUGUCCUACCUGUCGGCUCCAGGUAGCGAGUACUCCAUGUACAGUACGGACAGCAGGCACACGUCUGACUACGAGGACACGGAUACAGAAGGUGGAGCCUACACCGACCAAGAACUGGAUGAGACGCUCAACGAUGAGGUUGGGACUCCUCCGGAAUCUGCCAUUACGCGCUCCUCUGAACCCGUAAGAGAAGAUUCAGCAGGGGUCCAUCAAGAGAACCAAGCAUAUCCUCCGUAUGGAUCACAAGGCCAGCCACAGCCAAAUCACAGGAUAGAAUCUCCUGGCUUUAAAAGCAGCACUGCUCAGCCGAAAGCAGAGGCUUCACCCCCCUACCUUUCCCCGUCAUCGCCAGAAACAGCCCCCCCCACCUCUUCAACUUCUGCUGUUAACCCCUGUGCAAGCCUCGCUAAUGUGAGGCUGGAGGAACCUGGCGUGGCCCCUUACAACUCUCACCGUCCACAAGCGGGCCCCUUGAGGAUGCCGGGCCCCGAGGCACCCCCCACAUUGCCCAGAGACCAGGAGCUGGCUUCUGUGCUGCCGCACGUAGAUCCACCAAAGAUGUACAGGAAGGAUCCCUUCGUAAACGAGGAAGCCCCUCGCCAGAACUAUGCCUUGAAGCAGCCGGGGCAGAGGCAGGAGAAGGACCCCGCUCUGACCUACGAGCUGCAGGGCCCGUAUCCCGAGAAGCCAGCCAACAGGGAUUACGAGCCUCUGGCGUACCGCUACGACUCGUCCAACUAUGUGGACCCGUUUCCCCACGGCUACGACUCCCGUCUCCCCUACGAGGAGCGCGUGCCCCCUUACGAAGACCACUGGAUGUAUUACGACGAGAAGCAGCCCUACCAGCCUCGGCCCCCUUUCGAGAGCCAGCUGCCGCCCAGAGAGUUUGAUCCGCGGACGAGCGCGGACGAGAGCGCAGCACUCAGCAGCUACUUCCCUGCGCAGCCUCGCUUUGAAGAAUCGCCCCCGGCGGCAUUUGACAGCCGGCCCCGCUACGAGCCUGCCCCCAAGGCCUUCGGCCUCUCCCAGCUGAGAUACGAGGAUCAGCCUCCCCCCGGGUAUGAAGUCCAUGGGAGGUACAAGUCCGAGCCUCAGGCUUACUCCUCGGCAGUCCCCCGGUCUCCCGAGCCGAAGCAUUACUUCGAGUCCCAGCCCAGAGGCUACGAGCAAGGGCCCCCACCAGGGUUCGUCGCAAAAGCGGGUCCCUACGAACCGCCCCACAGCACGGCCGGCGCGCACCCUCCCCUCCCCUCCCAAAGCAAGCCAGAGGCGAUGCCUUCCAACAGUAAACCACUGCCCACGCCGCCGGCCGAGGAGGAAGACGACCCAGCCAUGAAGCCCCAGUCCGUGCUCACCCGGGUGAAGAUGUUUGAAAACAAGAGGUCCUCGUCGUUGGAGAAAAUAAAGGAAUCCAACGAUCUCUCUGCAGGGAAGCAUCCUCCGGAGCUUGCACCUAAACCAAACAUUGUGCCCGUCACUGGCCCUAAAGCAGCCUUGCAAAAUCAGUGUGAACGUGACAAAUCAGCUUACAGAGCCCCUGAACCGCAGAGACCUCAAGCGAAGCCCCCCGAGGACAUUGUUCGCGCCAACCACUAUGACCCAGAAGAAGACGAGGAGUAUUACCGCAAGCAGCUUUCCUACUUCGACCGCCGGAACUACGAUAACAAGCCGGCCGCGCAGGUCCCCGGCAGCCAUCCUCCAGAGCCAGGAAAGACCGGUCCUCCCCACAGUCAGCUGAAUUACCCAAAUUACUCUUCCAAGGGGAAGUCAGUAGACACGGAGCCUCUGGCAGACAAGCGCUUUGAGCCCCCGCCUCAGGCGGCCCCCCCGGCACCCUCGGUGCAGUACACCCAGCCUCAGUCCAUGAACAACCCCAUCGUGUCUCUUCAACCCAAGUCUGUCCUGGCUGAAGACUUCCAGAACGCCACCCUCUCCAAACCGGAGCCUCCGCCCCCGCCCCAGAACAAGCCAGCGGCUUUCAGAUCUUCCAGCCGAGAAGACACGGUGCAGUCUACCUAUUACCCCCAGAAGAGCUUCCCCGAUAAAGGCCCCAUAAACGGGAUUGAACAGCUCCCGAAAACGACCCCCGCUUACAACCGCUUCACCUCCGCCACGAAGCCCUACACAAGCGCCGCCCGGCCCUUUGAACGCAAGUUUGAGAGCCCCAAAUUCAACCACAACCUCUUGCCGGAGGAGACCCUUCAGAAGCCGGAGAUGUCUUCGUCCAAGCCUCAGCAUUCUCCCCAGCCCCUCCUGAAAGCACACAGCUCUGCUCAGCCUGAGUUUGAGGACAGCCUCGACGGCUUCUCCGGGCAAGCAGACAAACUCAAGUACCAGCCGAAUAACAUCAGCGCGGUGCCGAAAGCCAUUCCCGUCAGUCCUUCUGCUUUGGAAGACGAUGACGAAGAGGAAGGCCACACCGUCAUCGCCACGGCGAGGGGCGUCUUUAACAGCAACGGGGGUGUCCUCAGCUCCAUAGAGACUGGCGUUAGCAUUAUUAUCCCGCAAGGAGCCAUCCCAGAGGGAAUAGAACAAGAGAUCUAUUUUAAGGUCUGCCGAGAUAAUAGCAUCCUUCCGCCUCUUGACAAAGAGAAAGGCGAGACGCUCCUGAGCCCCCUGGUCAUGUGUGGACCGCACGGACUCAAAUUCCUGAAACCCGUGGAACUGCGUCUGCCACACUGUGCGUCUAUGACCCCUGAUGGUUGGUCUUUUGCUCUAAAAUCCUCCGACUCCUCGUCGGGUGACCCCAAAACUUGGCAGAACAAGUCUCUUCCCGGAGAUCCAAAUUAUCUUGUUGGAGCAAAUUGUGUGUCAGUUCUAAUAGAUCACUUCUAACCCUUACAUUAGCAAGUGGAUUUGAGUGCAAAACCAAGGUUUAAAAACAAAAUCAGACCAAAAAACACACACACACACACACCACCACCUGCAUAGAAACUGAACCAAUCUUUUCAAGUAUUAACCAUUCUCUUAGUAUUAAGCAGUCUUUGGUUUGACUAACCACAGCUAGCCAGAACAUUCUCAAACCAUGGUCAGUUCAGCAACUAGACCAGUCAGGGGCCACACCACGUCCUGCUGGACAAGCCUCUCACGAUCCUUAACUGGACACUUUUAAUGCAUCAUAGCUUAAAACCUUAAACUACCACUGAAGCAAUGCAAUUUAGUGUCCCCCCAAAACCCAUCAGAGGUUCACAAUCCACUGUUAAAUUAGGGGUUGGUUUGGUCCUGUUAAAGUUUUCUUCGUUUUUAAUUUUAAAAAAAACCACACACACUUUUGUCCAUCCUUAGAAUAUGCAAAGACUGUCAUGGUCAUCAUUCCUUCGUUUUCAUGUUUUGUUCUGUUUUUUAAACUGGCAACCUGUUGUUUUCUUCGUGUUGCCCACCAAGUGGAGGCAAAAGGUUUUGCUAGCACAAUGUUGGAGUUGCUGACCUCUGCGGAGGACUUAACCUGUGACUUCACCUGUACGUGAAAACACCCUUCCCCACCCCACCCCACCCCACCCCGUCCUUCUGUGACAAAGAAAGAGAACGCGCCUGGGGUUCAGCUACGGCUCAUGUGCCUCUCUCAAUGCACCACAUCUGCGACAGACACAUUAUUCAGCAGCGUUGCCUUAUCCUCCUGUUUUUUAACUAGUUUUCAUUGUCAUUGUAGCUCACUGUUCUACUAAAUUGGAAUGGGUUCCGUACUUAACAGAGAGAGAUACAGCUCGGGAGAGGUUGGGGUAUUGAGGGUUGUGUGAACUCGUUCAUUUAGGGGCAGGAAGAGGAUUACUUACAUCCUUGUUUUUUGGCAUUGUUCAAGCAGAGGGAAGUUCCGAAGAACAUAACGAUGGUAAUAUUUUAUUUUAUUUUUCGUUUCGUUUUCCGCUAUGCAUUUUGAAAAUUUAUAGAUGUUCUAGACUGCUUGUAUAUAACUUGUGCGUACCACUUUUGUUCUUGGUUUGUAAAUUAACUUUUAUAAGCUUUACCUAUAUAUAUAUAUAUAUAUAUAUAUAUAUAUAUAUAUAUAUAUAUAUAUAUAUAUAUAUAUAUAUAUAGUUAAAACAGAAGUUUACCUUUAUAUACAUCUAUCUAUCUAUAUAUAUAUAUAUAAAAUACAAAACAGAAGUUUCUUAAUUAUCUUUGUAUUCUCAAACCUUUUGAGCCUUGAACUUUGACACCUUGCAGCAAUAACACAGCAUUUCUACAGUACGUGAGAACUAGGACAUUUUUUAAAAAAACAAACAAACAAACUGAAAAUGCACAAAGUUGUUACCUUUUUACGUGCUGCAUUUAAAGACUAACUUGGAAUUCUCUAGUUUGAUUAUCUUCUUGGGGAAAAGAGAAAAAAAAAGGUAUCCCUACUGUAAUUUUGUGAUACGGAUACUGUACAAUGUGCCCUGAAAUGUAUUUUUUUACUAAUAGACAAUUUAUUAUGGCACAUCCACACUAUUUCUGUUUAGAUAAUAUACCACUGCAUUCUGUUAAUUGGUUAUUUAGCUAUUCAGGUGUGGCUGAUUUUUUUUUCUUUGCCGUUAUUAAAACUACACAUUUCUAAAUAUGCAGAAUAAAAACUGUUUUUAAAAUAGAA